GACCCCGCUUCAGUCCGCGUCCAGCCCUGGUCGCCGCCGGACCCGCAGGGCUGCCAACCCGCGCCGCGAGUUCCCGCGCGCGCCGCAGUCUGUUCCGAGGUGAACACCCCGGUGUCUGUGUCGGCGAGGUGUCUCCUCUGUCUGUUCUGUCUCCUCCAAGGCCCGUUCUGCAGUCACGCGGAGACUGAUCUCGCGGAACACAGAGUCUCCACAACAGCGCGCAGACGGUUUACUGCGUGUCAUCUCGGCAGUGCCGACCUCUUCCGUGCGACCAAUAGAAGCUGCGGUGGUAGCCAUAGGGAGUUUUCGGAACGCGGGGUUUGAUCGUGCGCGGUCGUCGUGGAACGAAUCAGUCGCCCAGGAGCCGUCAUCACAACCGAGUCGGAUCAUCGAGCGGUCGUCUUGUGAAACGAGUCGAUCUUCGAACAGUGAAACGUGAACCGGGUCGAUCAUCGAGCGGUGAAACGUGAACCGGGUCGAUCAUCGAGCGGUGAAAUGUGAACCGAGGUAUAUCGCCUAGGAGUCGUAAUCACAAACGAGUCCAUCAUCGAGCGGUCGUCGUCGUGUGAACCGGGUCGAUCAUCGAACAGUGAAACGUGAACCGGGUCGAUCAUCGAGCGGUGAAACGUGAACCGGGUCGAUCAUCGAGCGGUGAAAUGUGAACCGAGGUAUAUCGCCUAGGAGUCGUAAUCACAAACGAGUCCAUCAUCGAGCGGUCGUCGUGUGAAACGAGUCGAUCAUCGAGCAGUGAAACGUGGACAGAGUCGAUCAUCGAGCGGUGAAACGUGAACCGAGGUAUAUCGCCCAGGAGUGACGCCUUGGAAACGAGUGACUGGCUAGGUGCGUCUCGCGCCGCGUGCGCGGGAGGAAGACGCCCCUUGGCGAACACCCCCGAGGACCCCCGAGGACCCCCGAGGUCCCCCGAGGUCCCCGGUGGACCCGGAGAGGUGACCGCCGACCCCGGCCGCCAUGUGACAUGACGAAGAGGCGGCACUCCUCCUGUGUCGUCAUGGGCGGGUUCGCCACCUGCUGCAGGCAGGCCUGGGCGGAGCUGGUGGCGGCGGUGAGGCGGCGGGGGCGGUCGCGCGCCGACACGAGCGAGGAGGACGAGGACCAGGGUCUGCCCCGCAGCCCCUGCGGCUCCCCCAACACCGCCGACGUGCUGCUCGAGAAGGAGAACCCUACAAAAUCUCACAGCACUUGCAGCGAUGGCUCCCUCCUCAGCAUGGGUAGUUCAGAAAUGGAUGAGGAUUCCUUCGGUCAAACUUCAGGCCAUUCUUCCAAGCUGUCACUGCAUGACAAGAAGACUGCAUAUUAUGAUAACGACGCGGAGCUGGACGUGGGGGUGUCGGGCGUGCCGCUCAGCCACAGCGCGGCGCGCCAUAAGAUGUCCGUCAGGCCCAAGCGAACGCACGGAGCCCCGCGCAGGCGGAGAGCGCAGCAGUUGUCAGCUGCCAGCCCGCUACCUGCGACUCCCGAGGUGAACGAAGAGGCGUCAGGGCGGAGCGUCAGUCCGGAGCCAAAAGAAGAAUUCUCUGCCGCAUUUAGUACGAGCGAUGACUUCCUUGCCGUGCACAGAACUUCAGGGCCCCCCAUGGCUGGCAAUCACAGAAUUCCUCUCGAAACCCAAUUGAAAUCUGCCUCUCUUCCCCCUGGACUAGCCCUGAAGGGAAAGGAGUCGCCGGUGAAGCUUGCACGAAGCCGCUCCAGUGCUACCAACCAGCGAUUCGGCAGACCGACGUCUGACUCGGAGCAGGAGGAACCCCAAGAAAUUUGCAGCACUGUGGGUGAAGAGGAGGAAGAUGAGAUCUAUAAGGAGAAAGAAGACAAGAUAACUUUCUUUGGGAGGUUGCUGUCCAGGAGAAGUGGGAAAAAGAAGAAAGAGAAGAUCGAGGAUUCAGAGCAAACAAGUGUGAAGUUACCAGUGGGGGAGGUUAUUCCAAAACGAAUCGAUAACAAAGGUCGAUAUGCAAAUGAAGAUGCGGUAGAGUACUUUCAUGCUGAACAACAGGUGGUAAAGCCAUAUGGAGCUAAAGUAGGGGGCGGCUUACGGACAAAAGUGCGCCAGAGAGUGGAGCCAAUAAACAUACCUGCUAGCCCCGAGGUAAGUCGUAGACAAGCGUAUAAUGACAUUGCUGUGGAUGUAGAACCAGCAGUUUUGGAUUUCUCGUUGCAGCCACAAAGUAGUGAAGAUUUUAAACAGAUACCAAGGCUGCCUGGUCUAGGCCCCUUUCACAAUAACAUCAUGAAUUUAGGGGUUCGAGACUUUUCUUAUGAGGAAAGAGAGUGUAUUUCCCUUAUUCAGCCAAGCAGCGAGAGGAAACAGAGUAACUUAUCCGUCAAAAAAUCACACAGUUUUAGAGGGGACUUGGAUUAUGCGUUGCCAAAGUCGCAACCUCACAAUGUACCGUUGAAAGUAGAUGCUUAUGUGGAAAUUGAGGAUGAUGAGUGUGGACUCGAUAGCUUAAGCGAAGAUGCAGUCGAUGCGCAACUCGAUGAAGUCACGGUAUCUUAUAGCAGUCCUUCAGAAAUUAUUUAUUUAGACUCCUUGGAAGAUACCAAUGCAUCCAGUGAAAGCACUCCAUUUAAAGAAGUUAACCUUAUUGAAGAAAUUCUAGACGAGCAGAAAAUUAUCCACACAUCACAAGAAGAUAAAACAUCUUUUGAUCAAGGAAGACUUUACACAAAGAACAAUGUGGUUGUAACAAGGAGUAUCGUGAAGGAUACUUCCUACACUGGAAAGACAAAUACUUCUUCAUUUUCUGUAACAAACACAAAGCAUCUAAUGAAGAAAUCUUCAUCGCUGGAAAGCAUAAGUAGCUUCGGAGAAGGCAAAGGUUUGACGUCGCCAGAACUUUCGUCGGCCAGUAAGAAAUCGUCGUCAACAGAGAGCAUUGGUAGUUACACACAUACUUUAGAAAUCAGUAAGGAGAAAUCUAUUUCCUAUACUUGUAAUGAAAUGUCUACAGUUACUCACACAACUACUAUCUCUACCGAUUUCACUCCAACACCACAUCACGAGAAACAGCUGAAGCACUCAUUUCGUUCAGCAACUCCAAAGUACGUACCCAAUACUCCUCACGUCCCAGAGUUCUUGAGAGUGCAACUCAACCGUGUGGAUGUCAAACCAUCUAAUAUCGUCCUUUCUACAAAUGUAAUUUUCGAUUCUGAAAAGUUUAAUUCGCCUAAAGCUACAACUGAGAGAGUACCUUCUUUUUCAAAAAGCAACGAAAAUCUAACUAAAAUUAUAAAAAUAUCGGAAACAAGCUGCGAAAGUAUGAAAAAAGAGUGUUCUGCUGAUUCACAGCCCUCACUGCUGGAGCUUCGUGUGCGCCCAGAUUGUUCUACCAUGGUACCAUUGGUCCACAUUUCUCAUACAACAAAUGACUUACUUUACGCAAGUAAUUUAUCGGAGCAAGGAGAUGACGUAGCUUCGGUAGAGACAUCCAAGCAUGUUGUAGCCGGCAGCCAAAACAAUCGUGAUAUAAAAACUUCUAUUAUGUCUCUGUCUUCAGAGCUUGUAUCAACAACCCCUAGAGUGUCUGUGGUCGAUUUAGAUUCUGCUGAAAUAAGAAAAGAAAUUAUGAAGAAGCAAAUGAGUUCUAAUUAUGAAGAUAUUAAAAUUAUUGAAAAAAGCUGUGCACAAGUUGAAGAUGAAAUCGGUAUAAGCGAAGUGGUGUUCAACAAAUCUAAAGGUAAAAGAAGAGACGACAGAAGUGUGUCUGGCAACGUGUAUCAGAAUAGUGGAGAUGAAAAUGAGAUUCUUCCCACCCACAAGACUGCGAACAAAGAUGCUGGUAUACGGAAAGGGGAAGGCAGCAAAUGUUUGCCUGCCACGGUGCCUAUUGGCUUGCAGAGCAGUACCAUAAUGCCGGAAGUGGUGCUAAGGAAAAAGUCUUUGCCGAGAGAAAGUGGGCAGCAAAAGGAUGAGGAACCAGAACUUCUUAAAGUUUUUGCUCGCAGGUCUUUAAAGCUGAAAGAUAGCGACACAGAAAAUUUGCUGCAACCGGUAGGGACAAAGUCAUGGGAGAAUCACGCUCCCAACGACCAGACAAGUCUAAAGUCCAGAGACAGUGAUAAGGAGAAUGAGGGGGGCGAGUCUCCUCGUGAGGACAGGAAAAAGCAACACACCAAAGAACCUUUGGCAGAGUCCAAACUCCACGUGGAGACGAGUGAAAUCGUGCUACGGUCUUCAACCUCCGUUUCUAAUUCUCGUUUGUCCAACAUCCCGAACAAGUAUCAGCAACGUUCUCACAGCACCGGGCUGGAAAAUGGGGGUACGAAUGAAAACGUGCCUGUGACGUUUCGCAAGGACGGUGGGGGCAGUCCCGAAAAGAGGCAAAGGAACAGGACUGUUCCCGAGUCCCCGGGGUCCGGGGUGGACCGGACGCCUCACAGGGCGUGGGCGGCGACGCGCAGGGACAAGGAUUUCGACGCAGUGAUUGGCGAGGAGAAAGUGGUCCUGAAGCCGAGGGGAUCCGCGACGAAGGGCGUGGAGUCGGAGAUGCCCAACACGGACAAGGGGGCGGCUGCCGUGCCGUCGGCACCCAAAGACGACGGCAGCAUCCCGAGGUUCAAGAGGAUCCAGCAGCGGCGGGAAGAGUGGGAGAAGCGUGCUCAGCAGGCGGCAAAGAGAACAGUACCAUAACAU